UCGUCGUCUCCGCAACCCGGGCCGUCGGAGUCCUCAUCGCGAUCCCGAAGGUUUGUCACACAACAGUAACUCAUCGGAUAUGCAGAUAUCAACGGCCGAGGAUUAGGUGCGAUAAACUCUCUCCUUAAUUUGAUAUGUGAACUCAUUGCGUGGGCACCUUCGUCAAUCAGCGGACGCAAAGUGUUUCGAGAGUCUUUCCAUACAAUGACUACCAUCGAGGAUAACUCCGAUCCGGGAACAGACACCGACUCAGAUUCAUCGCAGGAUGUCCCGGAUAGCAGCACCUGUACUAAAAAUAGUCGUCCGAAAAAGCUUAAGAAAGCUUCGGAACUACUCGACGAGAGCAGCCUGAGAGAGAGCACCGAUGACGAAGUAUUAGCCGACAUGGUCAUCGCCCUUCAGGUGAAAUUGCAUUCCGCACGGAGCGAUCUUGUCUUCGUGCAAGGCAAGCAGAAAAUGCUACUUCGGAGUCUUCAUUCUGAGAUGGAGAAACUCCAGAGGACUGUACGGGAGUUGCAAUUCGCGAUCGUGACCAAGGGUUUGAGUUACAUAGACGAAGAUACCUACAAGGCGCGUGUGGCCCAACUCGAAGCCAGAAUCGCAGACUGGUCGAUGAGAUGUAACUACCUAAACGCGCAGUUGAACGUCGCUAACGACUCUCUCGUGGAACUGAACGAGAGAGUUCAAUUACAGGAGUUCGAACACGAGGACAUUGUACGGCAGAGGGACGAGAUAAUCGCCGUCUUAAAACGUCAAUUGGAGAUGAAGAGCAUCGAGGUCGAAGUUCUUCGUCAGAUAACGGCUUCUGUGAGUCCAAUCGACGAAACCCAUCCCCCGUUGAAGAGGGCCCACUCAGACGUGAGCAGGAGUGCCACGGAUGCUUGCCGAAUUCUGCCACCUCAGCCCAGCACCCCGCAGCACCGAAGGAGGAAGGUUCUUCGAAUGCCGGGUCUGGUUUCGAGGAUGUUAUCACCCCACAGGAGGAAGCAACGACCGUCCUCGAACGGCUCUGUCUCUAUAUCGUCACCUCAACUAUCCCCAAGUCGGACCUGCUUAUCUUCCUGGGGAACUCCUUCUGAGAAGGGAGGAGACUGAAUCGAUCGUUUCAGAUGAGUCUAGAGAAGACAGGGGCUUUAUUUGGAAGCAUGGACCAUCAUGUCUGUUGUUCGACGAUAGAUUCGGAUCCGCGCAAGUGUGAAGGAGGGAAAGAUUCGCGGCAGAAGAAUGAAAGUUCGGAGUUUCCCGAGGGACUCGGAAGUCCGAUGCCAGUACAAGCAGUAUGAUCUUCCUCAACCAUAUCCACAGGAUUGUCAAACACAACCGAAACUCCAUUUCCAUAAUAUCCCUGGAAACCCAUCUCUUACAAUACAAUAUUUAAUUGACCGACCCGAGGUUUGAGACGGACUGUCUGUGAGUGCGCUCCGUCAGCGGUGAUAUUAUUUCGACUUCGACGGUCCAGGGAAAGCAUGGACUCGGGAGCCCUGCGACUGUCCUUAUGCAAUUUUCAAAGAAUGUAUUGAGAGCACCUUCUGGAUUCACCGAUCGACCCUGUCGAGCGAGGCUGGCGCUGGGAU